AUGCGAAUCCGAAUACCCUUCCUAAUAGCCUUCCUGGCCCUCCUCCUCCUCUCCUCCUCUGCCGGCCUGCUGCCACACUCCGCCCUCCCGUCCGCUCCAGAUUCAGUCCGCGACAGGAUCCCUCAGAACACCGACAAGGUCGCCCACUUCCUCUGCUUCUUCGCCCUCACCUUGACCUUCUACUUUAUCCUCGACACCGCCCGCCGUCGCGUCCUACACAUCACGCUUGUCGUCGUCACCGUGUUCUUGGGGCUAGGGAGCGAGGUCGCGCAGGGACUAUUGCCGAAUGGGCGGGAGUUUGAUUUGUGGGAUGUCGUUGCGAACGUAGCGGGGAGUCUUGCGGCGCUGGGGGUUGCGAAUGCAUAUCAUCGACGGGCGGCGGAGAGGAAGAGGAGGGCGAAGUUUGCGGCGUUACUUGCUGAUGGGGGUGAAGACGUGGAGUUGGGCGAGGGGUCGGGAGUUACUGGUGGUGGGACGGCUGGUCUGGACGGGCAGGAAACGGGUGUGGUCAGCACGAGAACGGUAGAGGAAGAAUUGGACAACUGGGACGAGAACAUGCCCGAUGAUGACUGGGACGAGGACGAGAAUGGUGGAGUUGGGGGCUCGAAGAAGAUAACACCUGCGACGAGUACUACGGACAGUGAGGAUGCGGGUAUCGUUGGUGGUGGGAAGAAGAUGGCUGUGGAUUAG